AUGCAAGAAUUCCAGCAAAAGUUUUGGGCUUGGGCGACCAAUACAGGCGUAUUUGCCGAACCAUUUUUGUCACUCGACGUUCGCCUAGGCGGCCAUGAGCAGCCAGUGUCCAUGAUCGUUUCCUUGCUCAAGCUGCUGAAAGUCAACCUAGAAGCUGUAUUGCGACUUGAUCGGGCUUUCUGCCCUAGUCCGGUGCAAUGUCAGCAGGAAGAACCAGAAAUGCUCGAUACUUUGCUAGGUGACAAAGACAAAGAAUUGGUCUCUUCAAACACGAUCAAGCACCUUGAGGGGCCCUUGUACGGAGUUGAUGGAUGCAUCCAGAGGCUGUUUAGAAUUGCAAACCACAUUUCCCAGUCAUCGCAGAAGAGCCUUCAAGGGAGAAUGGAUUCUUUUGCUCAAAGACACGAAAACAACUUUGCCGGUUUCGAGCAUCUCAUGGGAAUCAUUGUCGAAUUCAAGUUUCCAGGGAUGCAGACCUCGUUCCAAGCCCAACUAGAUCGAGUUCCCAAAGAGCAUCAAGCUGUAGAAGCACAAUCUACACCGUUCCCACCUCAGCAAACACAGACUCACAAGCCGCCACCUAGUGAAUCUCUUCGUCCGUCGACUUUCGAUGGGGAUCUUUUCAAAAAAGAGCUAUACGGAAGGCCGGAAAGCCAAUCCGACAUGGAGAGCACUAUCUCGGCAUGGACGGGGGAUGUUGAGUAUCCUCGGGCUCCUGUACCGAGUGAAAUGUUGGCUGGCGCACCCGGACUCCUGGAAUGCCCGUACUGUCUCCGACUCCAUUCGUCAACAGACUAUAAAAAUGCGCGUUGGUGGAGUCGGCUCAGAAACCAUGUCAAUCAAGACUUGAAGCCGUAUAUCUGCAUCUCCGAGGACUGCGCCUCAUUCCAACCCCCAAUUCGUUUCGCUAAGUCUCGGAAAUGGCGCGAGCAUAUGGAAAAGACACACGGAAACGAUUGGGAUCAGCACAUACAUAAGAACUUGUCUAGCGAGACAGAACGCCCGGCAAAGACGUGUCCAAUGUGCGACACAGCCGUCAAUCUCUUCCCGACUACAGACACAGGGCAUAACAAUAAUACCGUAGACUAUCACCCCCCCACAAAGCCCUUGGGCAGAGACAGACGAGUUCGCUUCAAUGAUUACGAAGAUAUGAAUGGUGAAAUUCAUCUGCCGCCAGAUACAGACAAGCACACACAGCCUCCGAAUUAUGAAGCCAUGGACCCAGACAAGAUUAAACUGAUAAAGCACAUCGCUCAACAUCUUCUGUCUUGGUGCUUCCUGUCUCUCCGAAAUGGUAUAGACGACACGGACCUUGGAAUCGAAGCGAAUAAAAGCAACGCAAGUGUGAAUCCAGACAGACUCGACCAAGCCAACAGUGGCAUAGGCAGCAUGAUGGAAAACCUCUCAUUGAACUUCGAAGAAAAUCGCCCUUUCGACUUGGAGCCUGCGGUGGACGAUCACUCUUCAUUAUCUGGCAACGACCGCAAUGAGUGGGAGUCACUUCUGGCAGAAAAGCCAUAUGAUGCGAAGAAGGAUCCUAUCAUCCAACAUUUUGCUGCAAGACGAGAAAGACCUGCUUUACGUGAAGCCACAAUGCAGCAACUCAAGAGGCAACGUCUACGUCUCGCAAAGCUUUUCCGACAUGCAGAAAUCACAGUGAGCGACCACAGACUUGAAACAAGAUAUACAUGGAUUCCCCUCUCGUCAAUCCACAGAAUCAUAGAGAACGACGGAAUCCGAAAUGCGCUCCAAGAAGAGAGCGAGAGCGUGAAGGGAUUCGUGCUCUUGAAGGCCAAGAGACUUAUCUCAGCCCUGAUCCGGCGAGACCACCUAGAUUGGUUGCAGCUCUUUUACAACGCAGACUUUGGCGACGAGCACUUUCCCAUCAAUUUCAGGAUCGACAGAGAUUCUCAAGUAUGGACCUUACAGUCCUGCGAAUCUCACAAGUCGAUCAGCUUCAAGGUCAGCGAGGAAGAAGUCAAUGGGAUUAGCAAAUAUGACGGGGACUCACUUGCCGACUUUUGCGACUACCAUCAGUGGCAAUAUUUCGUGCCAGUAUUCGCCCCAAACGAGCCAGCUCAUUUUUUUGAUCCGCGCUGUCCAAUGCCCUUCGUCAAACAAUUCGAGCCUUAUGCGACCAACUUCAGCAUCGCCAGGCAUUUUGUCAUUCACAGAAGCCAUCUCAACUUCCCUCGGGAUGAUCAGAUUGGUACAAUUGUUGACGCUGAAGAUAACCCUCAUGUUGCCGUCAAAGAAUUGUUGUCUGCGCAAGGUCUGACGGCAGAGAUGUUUCAAGAUCUCGCCAAGAACGAGACGACUAUCCUUACACGCCUACGAGACCAGAAACACCCACACUUCAUCCGAGCCAUUGCCAGCUACACUCAAGGAAAUCGGCAUUUCUUCGUUUUUCCUUGGGCUAGAGGUGGUAACCUGCGUAAUUUCUGGAAAUUUCAACCUAGCUUGAGCGCCGCAUCAGAAGAGACCAGCACUCAAGACUGGAACACGUACCUGGAGUGGUUUUUCGAGCAGCUGCUCGGUCUUGCAAGCGCCAUAAGGAACCUUCAUCAUCCGAGAGAUGACCCAAAUGAGUCUUGCAGGCACGGCGACUUGAAGCCCGAGAACAUUUUGUGUUUCAGCAAGAAUGAGGAUGAUAUUGGCGAAGGCAGAAUUCCGACUGGCGUGCGGCUCGUUGUUGCUGAUGCUGGACAUGCCAAAGUACACGAGAUGGCCACUGAGUAUCGAGGCUCUCCAACGGCUACACCAAAAGGCACGGUCAUGUACUCGCCCCCAGAGGCGGACACUCAGGAAGCCAGAUCAAGGCGAUACGACGUCUGGUCCCUCGGCUGUCUGUAUCUUGAGUCUCUCAUAUGGAUGAUGUAUGGCUACGAGGGAGUGCAGAAGUUUCAUCAAAAUGUCGGACCUGGAGAGCCCUAUUUCGUCAAAGAUGCGUCUGUCGAUCUCAAAGAUGCUGUGAAAGGAUGGAUCAAAGAGAUCAAGCAAGAUUCCCGCUGCGCUCCCGUCGAAAGGACUGCUGUUGGACGUUUAGUCAGUUUGAUCGAAGAAAGGAUGCUGGUUGUAAGAGUCACAACUAGAGAUCCAGAUACUCAGCAGUCGACAGGUCUCGAGGUGAUUGUUAGAGCACGUACUCUACCGCCAGAUUCGGCUGCUCCUGUAAAGGAAAAACCUGGUCGAGCCGAUUCCAUCGAGGUCCACGAAGAAAUGGAGAAUAUAUUCGAUGCCGGCAAGCAGAAAACGGAUGUGACGUGGAUGAUUCGGGAUGCAGAAGCUGGUGCACGUGGGCCGCCCACCAUCACAAGGGGAUUUGCUCCUAUCGACAGGAUAAGACCUGCAACAUACGGGUCUCCUGAAUACAGAACAUAG